GCCUGACAUCAGCACGUCACCAGUGCAGGGCCUCGGGCGCCUCGAUUGGCUGGCUCGGCCAGGGCGUGACUGGUGGGCGGCCGCUCUCCCGGCCCCCUUCUCUCCUAGCUCACUCCGUCAGGUAGCUCCGCAGUCGAGGAGCACCGCCCCCCCGCCCCCCUCAGCGGCACAAGGAGGACGCCGAAAGCACCUGCGCUUCGGCCUGAGGGCGGCUCUGCAGCCCACGGCCCUGGGAGGAGACCCCUCGCGCUCCGGGAGUGGCGCCACCGCGCGACCGUGACGUGAGGCGCGGCCGGCGCGCCAUUGGCCAGCGGCCAUGUGGCGCGUUCUGGAGCGGGCGCGGGCGAUUGGGCGCGCGGCGGUGGGAGGCGGGGCUCGGUCCGGGGGCGGGCGCUGUGCUUGGGAGCUAGGCCUGCAGGAGACGGGAGCGGCGGAGUGUCGUCUCGCGGCUGGUCGUCUUCUGAGGUCCCCGGGUCGGCGCGCAGGCUGGGCCGCGAUGCCCGAGGUGAGCACUGACGAGCUGGACGAGCGGCAAGUGCAGCUCUUGGCGGAGAUGUGCAUCCUCAUCGACGAGAACGACCGGAGGAUCGGGGCGGAGACCAAGAAGAACUGCCAUCUGAACGAGAACAUCGAGAGAGGAUUAUUGCAUCGAGCUUUUAGUGUUUUCUUAUUCAACACUGAAAAUAAGCUCCUGCUGCAGCAGAGAUCAGACGCUAAAAUUACCUUUCCAGGUUGUUUUACGAAUACUUGCUGUAGUCAUCCCUUAAAUAAUCCACGAGAGCUUGAAGAAAACAAUGCAAUUGGAGUAAGGCGAGCAGCACAGAGGCGUUUAAAGGCCGAAUUGGGAAUUCCCAUGGAAGAGGUUCCUCCAGAAGAAAUUAAUUAUCUAACACGAAUCCAUUACAAGGCUCAAUCUGAUGGUAUCUGGGGAGAACAUGAAAUUGAUUACAUUUUGUUUGUGAAGAAGAACGUGACCUUGAAUCCAGAUCCCAAUGAGAUUAAAAGCUAUUGUUACGUAUCAAAGGAAGAACUAGAAGAACUUCUGGAAAAGGCAGCCCGUGGUGAAAUUAAGAUAACUCCGUGGUUUCAAAUUAUUGCAGAGACUUUUCUCUUUAGGUGGUGGGAUAACUUAAAUCAUUUGAAUCAGUUUGUUGACCAUGAGAAAAUACACAGAAUGUAGAUGUGGAGAUGAAUGAUUACUAAAGUACUAAAGAAUUUCUCUACUUAGAAAACUUAAGAUGAAUUUUUUAAAAACCUGGUUCCCCAUUAGAACUCUCAUUGGAAAUACUGAUACUUUACAACCAGAAUUUGUGUGGAAAAGAAUUCUUGAUUUGUGUCAUACAACCCGUAUAUGUUAACUGCAAUUUGUAAAAAAUAUUUGAGAUUAUUAUAAAAAGAGCAAAUAAACUUAAUUUAACCUAUCUAAACACAUGGUUAUGACAAAUUUGAACAAAUAAGUGAAGUUCUUCAUUUUUUUAUAUAUUGUGAUAAACAUUUUCAGAAGACUUGUAGAGCACUUUGCUGUUUGCCAGGUGCUUGACAUAUCUUUAAAUUUUUAUCAUAGUCCAGAAAAACGUGCAAUGGAAAACUAUUUGCUUAUCUACUUCAAAACAGUUCAAAUUAACUUUUCAGAUUGAGAUUAAUAUAGAACAGGUUCAAGGGAAUUAAAUGGUAUAUAUCCUGAUUUCUGUCAUUGUUAAUUUUGUGUUUUAAUCAUUCUGGAAGUAUUCUGAUACUUAAAGUCAAACAUUGUUUUUGGUAAUGACAUUGGCUAGGUUAAGUCAUUUAAAUAAUUGUUGCUGAUUAGCAAAGUCUGUGGUUUUCAGAGUUACUGGGGACAGGCUAUUUGUAAAAUGGAACUUGGGUCAGUUGGGUCAUACUCUACAACAGGGUAUUUUAACCUUGGCACUGCUGAUGUUUGGGUUGGAUAAUUCUUUUGGGGGCUCAUCCUUUGUGUUGUAGGAUUUAGCAGCAUCCCCAGGUUCUACAUAAAAAAAUGCUGUUGGCACCCCUCCCCCCAUGGCAGCCCCAGUGACACCAGCUGCCGAAUGUCUCCUCCAGGACAGCGUCACCCACAGUUGAGAACCACUGUUCUGCUGAGUCAGGCCGUGUUGUAGGGGGAAAAUUAUCAAAAAGAAAGGCUAACAUUCAUGUUAAAUAGAUUUGGGUUAUGGAAUAUGUGUGUAUUCAUAUUUAAAGUACACUUUGACUAAUGUACUUCUUUAAACUCUUGCCAUAGACUUCUCAGAUUUGAAAUCUUAAGACAGCUUUAUUAUCUUUGAGUGCUGUGUAUUAGUAAGUAAUAAAGAAAAAGAUAAAAAUUUGUUUCUUACAAAGCUAAAUGUUUUAUAAAUUCAAUAGAAAAAUCCAUUUGUUAACCCUGAACAGUUAAUUUCAGGCAAGACUGUGUAGCUGAUAGUAACU